AUGGAAGAAAAUACAUUAAUUUUAGUCGGUCUUCCCGGUGACUUUGCUUCUGUGAAAUCAAAGUUGGAAUUGUAUUUCAGAAAUAAAAGAAAAUCUGGAGGAGAAAUUUCGGAAAUUAGAAAUGACCCCAAUGACAAGAGGAAUGCAUUGCUCAUUUACGUAGAGGAUGAAGCCGCAAAAAGUGUGUUGGAAAAAGGACCGCACAAGGUUGAUUUUAAAGCCCUGGGCGUGGUGGAACUUCAAGUGAAGCCACUACAAGAGGACGGCGUCGCAAAUGUGAAGAGAAUUAAACCAGUGCCGUUGCCCCGUCGUCCCCUUGAGAAAGAGGUUGGCUUUGGAAAAACUGCACCUAACAUAGGAGAAGCGCAAGUUUGUGGUGACAAUGUGUUAUCACUACUUGUGAGCAGUGAUCAUCCAAUCAAAGAAGACAUCCUUUUGUUGUACUUUGAACAAUUUACCGAUGACAUUGAUAUUUGUAGAUGUGGAAAUAGUCAAUGGAUUCUCAAGCUAACCAGACAAUCUGAUUUGGAGAAUGUCCUGGCCAAGAAGGAUCAUGACCUGGAGGGUUGCUUGAUGUCCGUACAGUUAUACAAUGAGAGAAAGGCAGAGGAGAGGCUUGAUCCCUGCAGGUUCAUCCUGAGUGGCUUCAGUGAGGAUUGCAAGUGCAGCCACCUCUCUAUCUUCAUCAAGAGCUGCAGCAAAGGGGCUGAGCAUUCCUGGGAGGUCCUGAAUGACGGAGAGAGAAUUGCAGUUACCUUCAAACAGGAUAUAGAUGUUCAGGCAUUUUUGAAGAAAUGCUCCUCAAAAAGACUUCAGAACUUGCAUAUCUUCGCCAGUCGUCUGGAGUACACAGACUCUGUGCUGGUGGAAGGAAAUAUGGAGAACAUCUCAGAAGAGGUGCUCAGGGCAUAUUUUUCCAGCAGAAGUAAAGGAGGGCAAGUCAAAUGCAUGAAUUUGGACAAUAAACCAAAGAGUGUGCUUAUAGAAUUUGACGAUUUUCAUGUUGCAAACAGAGUGGCCGAAGAGAAACACAAUAUUUGUGGAGUCAGCCUUUGUGCUUUUUUGUACUAUUCCAGUCUGCAGCAAGCCUUAAGAGGAGAGAAACACACUACGCUACCCUCCCCUCAUAAAUUCUCCAUUCUUGUGGAUGCUUUGUUCCUUGAAUACAUCCAAAGUGAUGAGGUGUGCAAAGAGGACUUUGAGAGCACACUAAAAGAGCUGAACACCAGCAUCUCCUUUAAGGCUGACCCGGAGAUCUCUCAGGUGGUUUUGGAGAUGGCAGUGGACAGAGAGUCCCUGUUGCUACACUGUCUGCCCCGUACAUGGGAGAGGAAGACUAAGCAAGCAGCUGAGGCAUUGCUGGAGAAAUAUAGCAUAGUCAUAUUGAUAUCAACUGAAGAGGUCUGGGAUAGAGUGAAGGACAAAUGCCUCAGUCUAAAUCUCAAAACUUCCAGAGUCACAUUUGAGAGCACUAAAAACUCUGUUGUGGUGGUGGGGCAACAGAACAAAGUGAAGAAGCUUCAAGGUAAAAUCCAACUCCUGUUGAACAAAGCGAAAGAAGAAGUGGAUGUUGAAAAAAACACUGUGGUAAGGAAGGUCCGUGUAGCCAGUAAGGAAGAACUGGAUUUUGUGUGGAACUUGGUGUCUGUAAAACUUCAAGGAGAGGUUCAACAUCAGAAAGAUGAAGUAAACUUGACAUUUAAUCUCAAAGGCCUCAGAGACAAGGUGAAUGCAGCAGAGGGAAUCAUAAAGAACACAAAAGAUAAUUUAUCCAUCCAAUCUUUGCAUCUGUCACCCAACCUAACAAUGUUUUUGCAGUCCCUGGACCUGAAAAGUUUUGAGCGUGAUCACUUUACUCACAUUUCUGCUACAGUCUUCUCCUUUGGAGAUUCAAUCCAGAUUCUUGCUGAGAAGCAAGAUGUUGAGAAAGCCAGAGAUAAAAUAAAGCAGAUACUAACAGAAGAUGUCAUCAACCUCUCUUUUGAUCAAAGAAAAGUCACCCAGGAAGAACACUGGAAUGUUUUCUACCAUGGUAUAAUACAAGAGGUAGAAUCCAGCAAUAAUACACGGAACAUCAAGAUUUCACAUUCUGGUGUGCAGAUUGCAGUGUGUGGGUUCCAAAACGUGGUUACAGAUGUUGCUAGGAAACUGAGAGGAUAUCAAAAUAACAAAAUGCCAGUGACAGAAGACAUCCAGCUGAAUGCACUGAGACAGGUUGAAUACAUUGAUGCUUGCAUGAAGCUGUCUGAGGCCCCUGAAAUGAAAGCCCUGGAUGUCACCAUUCUGUCGUCAAGGACACAGGCGUCCCCUUGCCUGAAGGUCACCGCUGCCAGUGACAACAUCAAGGAGGCUGUGGCAGCUGUGAAGAGGCAAAUUUCAAACAUUGUGCAUGAGAAACACAUAUACUCCAAUGCUGGGGAGUCAAAAGUGUUGGAGAAACAUCAAGAUGCUCUCAAGGCCAAGGCCAAGGACUUUGCCUGUAAGCUUUAUCUGACUGUUGAGCAAGCCAGUCAGACAAGCUCUCACUUGUCGUGGACAUUUAAAAUGGGAUACUUCCUGACUUUAACCAUAGCCCAGGGUGAACUAUCCAAGCAAUCAGCUGAGGCUGUCAUUUGCCCAUUGAGUGGAAACAUGUCAUUUGAUAAUCCAGUUGCCAAGGAAAUUGUACAGUUUGGGGGGCCUCAGGUAAAAGAUGUUGUUGAUAAGCUCUUGAAGAAGCGCCAUGAUUUGGUCGCUGGGGACAUAGUUGCAGGUAACCCAGGAAAACUUUCUGCCAAGGCCCUCAUCUAUGCUAUAGUACCCACAUGGCAUGCCAACAGAUUCAGCAUGUUAUUGGAGACAUGGUACUUGGCAUCAGCUUUCCAAAAGAGCCUCCAGAAUGCAGAGAGCAAGCACUGUGUCUCCAUAGUCAUGCCGGCUCUGGGGUGUGGCACUUUUGGCUUCACUGUCAGAGAAAGCUGUGAAGUCAUUGAGACGGAAAUCGCAAAGUUCUGCAAGAGUCAUUGUAACACCCCUCCACACCUGAGGGAAAUAGUCAUUGUUGACUCUGAUGCCAAGACUGUAGAGGAAUUUCACAUUGUCCUGAAGGAAAAGUUGGCUAAACCUGGAUCAGACCGUAUAGGUAACAUUUCAUUUCACAAUCACCCAUUGCACAUAUUAGGAGAUACUGUAGACAAUGCAUUGUCUCUCACUUGGCUUUAUAUGUUUUUCUUGUUGUCAAUAAUUUCAGUGGAUAUUGGUGGCAUUACAGUAAUUCUGAAGAAAGGAGACAUUACCAAAGAGGCUGUGGAUGCCAUUGUGAAUUCCAACAAUAACAGUCUGAAUCUAGACACUGGUGUCUCUGGAGCCAUUCUGAAAGCAGCAGGAAAAUCUGUUCAAGAUGAAUGCGCCAAACUGAGUGCCCAAAACGAAGAUGGGGUGGUUGUCACAGGAGGAGGGAACUUGAAAUGUAAGCACAUCAUUCAGAUGGUGGGGCCGACUACCACAGCUGGCAUCACCACCUCCACGGAGAGGGUCCUGCAGCUCUGUGAGAGCAAGAACACCACAGCCGUGUCCUUUCCAGCCAUCGGGACGGGAAGAGGCAACAUUAAGCCCGAAGAGUCCAUCAAGGCCAUUCUCAAGGGGCUGCAGAACCAUUUGUCUCAGACCACUUCCACAACCAUCAAAUUCAUAUUCAUAGUAGCCUUUGAGCAGAAGGUCUUUGACUCCUUUUGCCAUUACUUUGAAGAGAGGAACCAGCAGUCUCUGCAGAGAAAGGAGUCCAGGUCAAUGCAGCUCCCAGCCAAUCAAGUUAAGAUCCAUGGUAUCAGAAUAGAAGUGAAGAAAGGUGACAUCACCACAGAAACUGUCAGUGGGAUCGUCAACACAACCAACAAUGAGCUGAACCUGAAAGCAGGAGUUUCAGGAGCUAUAUUCAGAGCAGCAGGAAACUUGGUUGAGGAGGAGUGCAAAACAUUUGGGCCCCAGCAGGAUGAUGGUGUGGUGGUGACAAGUGGUGGGGCGCUACAGUGUGACUUUAUCAUUCACAUGGUGGGACCCCGCUCCUCAGCUGCUGCAACCUCACAGGUGGAGAAGGUUCUGGAACAGUGCGAGAAAAACAACAUAACCACCGUCUCCUUCCCUGCUAUUGGCACAGGUGGGGGAAAGCUGAGUGGUGCAGAUGUCAUUGAUGCCAUGCUUCUAGGAUUCCACAAUCAUUUAUCGCAGCAUAUCUCCACUGUUCUCAAGCUGAUGUACAUUGUUGUCUAUGAAGACAAAAUCCUCCAGGAGUUUCUGCAGGGGCUGAAGCAGUGGUCAAGACCUUGGCUGGAUAGUUCUUAUAAAGAUGAUGUGGAGGAUGACAAGGAGUUGAGUACUACAUCUGAAUUGGAUACUGAGGAUGUGGAUGAAGAUGACAAUGAAGGAAGCAUUGAGAUAAUCAUGGGCCCAAUAAAAGUCAAAGCCCUCUGUGGUGACAUCACCCAGGAGACAACAGAUGUCAUUGUGAGCAGCACCAACACCAGCCUUGAUUUGAGCUCAGGGGUGUCUGGGGCCAUUCUCAAAGCAGCUGGACAGACAGUACUGGAUGAGUGCAGAGCUCUAGGGACACAACCUAAAGAUGGAGUAGUAAUUACAAAACCUGGCAAUCUGAAAUGCAAGCACAUCAUCCAUAUGGUCGGGCAGACUAUGGAGAGAGACAUCACCAAUUCCAUGUGCAAAGUUUUAGAAACUUGCGACCGCAUCAAAGCCCAGACCGUGGCCUUCCCAGCACUGGGGACAGGAGCUGCAAAUUUGACUGCAUCUCAGGUGGCCAAUGCCAUGAUUGAUGCCAUCUGCUACUUUUUGUUGGACAAGCCAAAAUCUUCCAUCACCACGGUUAACAUCGUCAUAUUCCAGCCAAAGAUGAUAUCUGACUUUGGACAAGUCAUGAAGAAGUUCAAGGGGGUCACCCCCAUGCCUGGGGUGGCAGCGGAAAUAGCGACACAUAGGAGACAACUUCCCACUCCCACAAGCUCCAGCCUUUCCCAGAAAAACUCAAACAUUCCCAGCCAGAGCCUGGAAAGCAUGACAGCAGACAUUACCUUCCCUGUGAUGGUGGCUGAAGUUUACGGAGCUUCUGUGGCAAACCUGGCCCAGGUGAAGAAGUGCCUCGAUGACCUGAUUUCAGAGGAGUGCACCAGCCAAGAAGUGGUAGACAACUACCUCCACCUCCUUGCAGAAAAGUAUAAGCAAGAUAUUGUUGAAACAAGCCAGAGGCACCAGGUCCACAUCUCUAUGCGGCAAAACAGGCUGACGGUGUCGGGAAAGAGAGAGGAUGUCCUUUUUGUCGUCAUGCAGAUCAAAGACUCCCUGCAAAGAGCCAGAGAGAGGGAGGGCCAGAAGCGGGAGGAGAGAAGGAUAUGGCAGACUGUCCGCUGGACGUUGGGCAGGUCAGAUGCCUGGACAGGCCUGGAAAAACAAAUCAACUGUGAACUGGAGCUGGCUUUCCACAGAAAGGACAAGUUCUACACUUACCAGAACGAAAAGGGGAGGUUCACAGUGGAUUUCGAGAAGAUGGAACAAACAGACAGCGGAGGGCAGAUUAGCAGAAUUAAGAGGACCCCUCUGUCUGACUCUGAAACAGCUAUCAUUACAACACCACCUACAUGGACCAAGAUGGAUGGAAAAGAUCUGGACAUCAUUCUACUCUUAGAAAACUCUAAUGAAUUUCAGAACAUUUCUGAAAGAUUUGUGCAAUCCUGUCAGGUUUUUGCACAGAAAUACAGUAAAAAGAUUGAAGUGGUCCAGAUCCAGAGAAUCCAGCACCAGGAGCAGUGGAGGAAGUAUGCAGUAAGCAAACAGGCAUUGGAUAAAAAAUAUACAAAAAGUGAUAAUGAGCAGUUCCUCUACCAUGGAACAACCAAGGACAUCUGCCAGAAGAUCAACAAGAACGGUUUCAACCGCAGCUUCUGUGGCAGAAAUGCUACAACAUAUGGAUGUGGAACUUACUUUGCCAAAGAGGCGUACUACUCGUGCCAUGACCAUUUCUCCAAACCUGAUGGGAACGGUCACAAGUACAUCUACAGAGCCCGCGUCCUCACUGGCAAGCCCUGCCUCGGACUGCAGGGCAUGAAGGAGCCGUCUCCUGUGGACCCCAACAAUCUCCAGGCGGGCCUGCAUGACUGUGCAGUGGACAAACUCCAGAACCCCUUCAUCUUUGUCAUUUUCUGUGACUCGGGCGCCUACCCUGAAUACCUCAUCACAUUCAAGACAGUGUGAUGGGGUGGGGGGGCAUCUACUUGGCCACCAAUUAAGAAUCAUUAAAGGCCCACGUGCAUCAGC